AUGGAGAUUAAAGAGCUAAGAGACAUCCUGCAGCACACGCUGCUGCAACACCCGCGCUUCCACAGCCGCCUGUUCUCUGGCCCUGGUGGCGUGCCUGCGUGGGUGCUUAUGGAUGCUGCUGACGUGGACCUAGAGUACCAUGUCGUGGAAGAGGGAGCUGCUGACGUGGAUUCGUCACAGUGCCACGUUGCGGGGGAGGAGGGAGGAGGAGGACGAGGAGGAGGAGGAAAAGGGGAAGAAGAAGGGAGGGAAAGGGGAGGGGAAGGCGAGGGAGCAUUGGAAUCUCACGUGGUGCGAUUGCAGUCACUUCCUCCGUUUGAUCCCAACCGUCCACUCUGGCAGGUGCAUCUCAUUCACCUGCCAGCUGGCAGCCGUCCAGGCGAGCCACGUCAGCCCCACUCUGCAGCCGUGUUCAGGAUUCACCAUGCUUUGGGCGACGGAAUAUCUCUCAUGUCUCUCCUGCUCGCUGCCACCCGCCGAACCGACAACCCGGACCUCCUCCCGAGCCUACCAGGCAGCUUGGGUGCGUCCGCCAGGCAAAAGAUCCCCCCUUCCUCCGAACCUACGGCAACCCCCCAGCACACCUCCUCUGCCUCCGCCUCUGCCUCCUCCUCUGCCGCUGCACUCACGAGUGUUGCUACCAGUGGGAAAAGCAGCAGUGGUAGGAACAGCAGCAGCGGCAGUGACGAGGCAAGCGGCAAAGGGAAAGCGGUACCAGAAGGAGUUUCCAGGAAAAGGGGGUCGUUUCAAAAGCUGUUGGAGUUGCUGUGGGUUGCGCUUGUGCGUGUGGUGGUGGCUGUGUGGCGGAUGGUGCGAGUGGCGGUCAACACAACACAGCAGAUUCUCGAGUACCUAGCAGUGCUAGUUUGCAUCGCUGACACGCCAACGCCCAUCAAAGGAGGGCCCCACCUGCACAGCCACGCCCUGCCGCGCUGCUUUGCAGUUUCCCCUGAGAUGAGCCUGGAGGACGUUUCAACCAUCCGCAUGGCAGUCAAGGGAGCGACGGUCAAUGACGUCAUGCUGACAGUCAUUUCCGGUGGAAUAGAGAGAUAUCUUGCGCUCGUCACUGCUCAGCAGGGAGGGAGUUCUUUGCCUCACCACCUGCGGGUCAGUGCACUGGCACUCUUCAAUCUGCGACCAGCACCAGGCCUGCAGGAGUUGAGUGAGCUGAUGGCGGGGCAGAGAUCACAAGCGCGGUGGGGCAACCACCUUGGGAAUAUCCUGCUGCCACUGCCCAUCUACAGCAGAGCGCAGGGAAGGAGCUACCGGCCCAGUCAGCAAAGUGACUCAGAAGCGAGGAAUGGUGAAUCGCCACGUCAGCAGAGUGACUCAGAGGCCAGGAACGGCAAGGGUGAUGCUAGGAGGAGGGAGGAGGUGGAUAGGCUAAGGGCAGUGAGGGCGCUGUGUGCUUCAAGGAAGGACUCGCUGAUGGCCCACUGGACUUACCUGAACGGACGACUGCUCAUGCCACUAGUGGGGUGCAAGCCAGUGGCAGUGCUCACGCGCCGCAGCUUGGAUCAGACCACCCUGUCGCUCUCCAACGUGGUGGGGCCGCUAGAAGAGGUGGCAUUGCACGGCCACCCCAUCACUGCCAUCAUUCCUUCGGUUGUUGGCAGUAACCAUGCACUGACAUGUCACAUCCAAACAUACAAGGGAGCAGCCCUCAUUGUGGUGUCUGCUGUAAAGCAGCAUGUGCCAAACCCACACCUGCUCUGCCGGUGCUUCAUAGAGGCCUUUCAGCAACUCAAAGACGAGGCGAAGACGAUUGUCUAG